AAUUUCGCAAUUUCAAGUCAAUGCGAUUGGCCAGAUGGUGAUCAGAUUUACAAAUUCCGACGUGUCUCCACCACUUUCAAUCAAGCACCGUACACUAUAUAAACCAAACGCGGCUCCGUCAGAGACUACUUUUCUCUACACCUUUGUGUUCAUACAGUAAUAGAAAAAUAGAUAAAAUGCCUGUCAGCACACAAUACACCAUUCAAUCCGGCGAUGACUUGACUCCUGAGCGCUUGGAAGCACUUAAUGCCCAGCUCGCAAAAUUUUCUCCUCAGGAAGUCUUGGAAUGGGCCAUCGAUAACUUGCCCAACUUGUACCAAACCACAGCCUUUGGCUUGACUGGUUUGAUUACCCUCGAUAUGAUCAAUAAGAUUAGCGUCCAACGUCAAAAAGAUCACAUCGUCUCACUCAUCUUCCUGGAUACACUUUAUCACUUCCAAGAAACAUUGGACCUCGCUAAGCGCUGCGUUGAGACCUACGAUGUUCCACUUAAGGUCUACAAGCCAGUAGAUUGCGAUAGCGUUGCCGAUUUCGAACGUCAACAUGGACAAAAGCUUUGGGAAAACGAUGAAGAUGCUUACGAUUUUCUUGUCAAAGUCGAACCCGCUCGCCGAGCUUAUGAUGAAUUGAACGUUAAAUCCAUCAUCACCGGCCGUCGUAGAAGCCAAAAGGGUGACCGUGCUGCCAUCCCCGUUAUUGAAGUCGACGGUACUGGUCUCAUCAAACUCAACCCUUUGGCCUACUGGGAUCUUCAACAAGUUCGUACUUACAUCAGAGCCAACGAAGUGCCUUACAACGCUCUUGUUGACCAAGGUUACAAUUCUAUUGGUGACUGGCACAGCACUAAUAAGCCUGCUUCCAAGGAUGACGAACGCAGUGGUCGAUGGGAAGGCAAGGAAAAGACCGAAUGUGGACUUCACAAGGAUUAUUUCAAGAUGAGAGCCGCUUUCAUGGCUUCAAAGAAGGCAAAGCAACAGCUUGCAGAGCAGAAGAAGCAACAUCAAAUCGCCGAUCAUGCUUCUCCCGUUCUUGAAGCUUCAGCGUAAAGAAAAUGACUUAACAACACCCUCCAACUUUACUAUUCCAUUUUUCACAUCUGUGAAAUAAUUCUUUCUUCAUUUUCAAUACCGCUUUUCCUCUACUUGUAAAAUUCCUUUCAUGAUGCCCACCCCCAGCAGUUGUAUAUAGACAUUGUGUGUAUGUUUUUUUCAUACCAUUUUUUACAGACAAGAAAAAAAAAUACAUACUCUUAAACAUUUGAA